AUGACUGUCCAGUCGAGGAGGCAUUCCUCCGCUUACAAUACCUCCUCCCCUUACUCCUCCCGAACUCAAGAUGCGAACAUAGACGUCGAGAAACAGCCGCAAACCAUCCGGUCCAAGAAGCGUUAUCGCCGUCGCAGCUCGGUGGACUCCGAUUCUGAUAGCGAAAGAGAUACAUUCACCCCGGCUGCUGGUGUCGCAACCUCCUACCAGCCCGCGCUAGGUUCUUCCACGCGAAACCCUCGUCCUGUGGGUUUUCGUGUCCCCAACCGGAUUAUGAGAUGGCUUUGUCUGGCGCUGUUUUCUGCCCUGGUCAUUUUCAUCCUUACCCUGUUCCGAUUUACGCUCUCCUCGACCGUUAGAAAUGUUACGAUUGAAUUACCAAAGGUUUCAUCACCGAAGCCGCCGCAGUGGGAGAGUUUCCCGUUCCUGAAGCGUUACCAUGGAGGAGUCCGCAGUUUGGUGGCGCGCAAGGGCUCAGUGCCUGAAUACCCAGGAGAUGGCUCGGAAGACUUGGGAUUGGGGGCUUCUGAGGCGAAACCCGAUGAGAAAACUGUCCAGGCCAGAGGCGAUGCACCGCCGAUGUUGAGCAAGGUCUUUAAUCCCUAUCCCGACUAUUCGUCGCAAGAGUAUGUGAAGAAAUAUGGCGAGAAGCGCGAAUGCUUUUUGGAUGAGGAGGAAACUACCCGGAUCCCACUGAUCCAUCACUACCCUGGUGUCCCUAAGGGAUUCCCAGAGGCUGUAAUGGGAUCAAAUGAGAUGAUUGGAAUUCAGGAUGACCUGUGCUUCGACCGAUUCGGCCGGCUUGGACCUUAUGGAUUGGGCUACAGUGUACGGAAAGGUGGCAUUGGUGCAGGCCUGGAAGGCCAUCGCGAUGGUUCGGAGCGUGUUUGGGAGGAUUUCCCACCGGUGGACUUCCGCAAGGUGGACUGGGCUGCGGCGCAGAACCGAUGUGCCGCUCUUAACCGCCAUCGCUAUCACGAACUCCCAGAGCCACGGGCUGAUCGGUUCCUCUCGAUGCCCGUUGGUUCCUCUAAAGCAGGCAAUCCGCCAAUUACACUCCCCAAGAAUAAAAAGGAGCCCAAGGUCGGAACGGAUCGUCUUCCCCGUACGGCGGUUGUCAUUCGUACUUGGUUCGAUUUCCACUACACUCCUGAGGACAUCUUGUACAUGCGCUCUCUGAUUUCGGAGCUGUCUUUGGUUUCUGGUGGCGAAUACACGGUUCAUUUCCUUGUCCAUGUCAAGGACGAGAAUCUGCAGAUUUGGGCCGAUGACGAAACUUAUGAGCGCGUGCUUAAUGAUGCGCUCCCGGAAGAAUUCCGUGGCAUGGGCACGCUCUGGUCGGAGCGCCAGAUGGCUCUCAUGUAUCCAGGUCUGGAAGAAACGAAUAUGCGGGGCUUGCCUAUCCAUGGUGUAUACCGAAGCACCUACAUGUGCAUGCAGUAUUUUGGACACCAGCACCCUGAAUAUGAUUACUACUGGAAUUGGGAGAUGGAUGCCCGGUACACAGGCCACUGGUAUCACCUGUUCGACAAAGUGUCGAGCUGGGCGAAACAGCAGCCCCGAAAGGGUCUGUGGGAAAGGAACGCUCGCUUCUACGUCCCCUCCGUGCACGGAACAUGGGACGAAUUCCGACAGAUGGUUCGAGUGCAAACCGAAAUGGGCACCAACAGCCCGAACAACCUCUGGAGUACGGGCCAGGACAAGACCGGCAUUGGCAGGGGCGGAAUGGCCCAACAGGGUGACAAAUUCAUCUGGGGCCCAGAGCGUCCCGAUGAACGGGAUAUGUUCGAGGUCGAGGGAGAAGGCAUCCCUCCGACCACGAUGGAGAAGGAUAACUACGAAUGGGGUGUUGGUGAAGAUGCCGAUUUGAUCGUUUUCAACCCGCUCUACGACCCCGAAGGCACCACCUGGAUUCUCCGGGACGAUGUCACCGGAUACAACAGGGAACAUGGCUUCCCUCCGCGUCGCACAGCCAUCAUCACUGCUUCGCGAAUUUCCCGCAAACUGCUCCAAACGAUGCACAAGGAAACCAGCCUCAAACGCCACAGCAUGUUCUCAGAAAUGUGGCCCGCAACCACCGCCCUCCACCACGGCUUCAAGGCGGUAUACGUGCCCCAUUCCGUCUACAUCGACCGUCGAUGGCCGACCAAAUACCUCGAGUCCGUCUUCAACGCAGGCCGCAACGGCGCUUCCGGCGGCGCUCGAACCGCCAUCUUCGGUGACCGCGAACACAACUUCCGCGGUACUACCUGGUUCUACUCGGCCGGGUUCUCCGGAAACCUCUGGAGACGCUGGUUGGGCUACCGGGUUGACAAUGACGGUGGUGAGCAGGAAGAGCUGGCGGGUGAAGGCAGAAUGUGCUUACCCCCCAUGCUCCUCCACCCCAUCAAGGAGGUGGAUAUGGUCAUUGAUGAUGGAGCCAAGGAGGAAGUGACCACGGAAACUCACUUGGAUAAUGAUGAUUGA